CGUCUUCGUCGGAGGAGGACGUCGGCUGCAGCAGCUCUCGGAGCCCUGCUUAUUUUUUCGAUAAUUCGCUUUUUAUUGUGAAGAGAAGGAGCCAUGGGUGUUUUACUGAACUUACUGGAAAAUUACCAGUACUACAAUGCACCAGAAGGACAGGAUCCCCUUGGCAAGAUCGUGGGAUUCGGCAAAUGGGGCUUCACAUCUGGUGCUAUGGCGGGUCUCUUUGAUGCCGUUCUUAUAUCGAAAUGUCAAAAUGCAUCACAGUUUUUCAACACUGCUGGAUUCUGGGUGGUACCUAUGACUGGAAUGUGCGUGACAUUCUCUUCUGUUACCUAUCUAAUGAAUAAAGUCAGAGGUGUGGACGACCACAUAAACUACGUUGCUGGAACAUGGUCAGCUGGUUAUGUAUUUCAUUGCUGGUGCAAAGACCCUAAGCUGUCUGUAGGACUUACUCUUUUGGCCACAGUUGCUGCGUUUAUCAAAAAAGACAUUGAGCAUUAUGGCAGGCAAAAAGUAUUGGAACUUAAACAUGACAAGAGAUGGAUGCUCGAGUUUAGAAAUCUUCCAGGCAGAACGUGGCUCUCUCCUCCCAGGUUCAAGCACAAUAAGGAGGAUUACUGGACAAACUUCUGAAUUCUCUUGUUGCUUGUUUCUAAAUUUCAUAAGCUACUUGAUUAGUGUAUCGGUUUCAUUGAAGAAAUUAAAUAAACACGUUAGAUUAACUCGA